CGCAGGAAAACUAAAUUCCGAACAAACGACCACAUGCCAGCUGGACAUGUUACCUACCGCUGUCUCGCCUGAGGAGAACAUGCCUGCCGAUGCUUGCGAGGACUUGUUUCUCUUCGAAGAUGAAGUCCCACCGCUUACUGAGCCUCAAGACUCGAUUCCACCGCUGAACACCUCUGAGUUCAUUCCAAAUCGCCGCAUUCUACCUGACAUCGCUGCCGCACGAUUAUAUGACACUUGGAAGAUACUGAUACCCACUCUCGUCGAUGUUCAGCUCGAGUAUACUCAGAGGACCGUUGGAAAAUUUGUCGAGCGACCUCCGACGAUUCUGUCUGCAUGUCACUCGCAGAAGUGUGCACAGAAACGCACAACUAUGAUUGGCUUGUUCUUCGAUGGCUUCACAACCCUCGACAUUUUGAGUUGCAGAUGUGCUACCGCACCUCAAGUCCUGGUUCUUCACGGUUUAUUCCCAACUUCCCCCUCCCAGCCACGCAUGGCAGUAUCUACUGAGCUACUCGCCUUCUAUCGAACGCUCUUCGAGCGCUCAUGUGAUGCUGUGAAUGCUCUCGCAUCCGCCCUGCACACACACUACAUCCGCAGAGGUUUCCGCAUGACGAAUGCUAAGGGUGAAUUUAUCCAAGAACCUUUCCGGCGAAGUCUCGGUCAAGCUAUCUUAUGGUUUGAUGUCUUACAGGUGGAGCUCGAAUCCCAGCUAGAAUGCGCUGUUCAAGCAAGCUGAGACUUGGUAGAUGCCUCUCGAGAUCCCCCAGAGCAUCCCGCAUCAUAUGCGCCCACUGUAGACGUGGUUCCGCGUGAGCGCUGUGCCACAAUCCUUCUUCAGCGUUGUCCUGCUUGUUUUGGGGGGUCUCAUUUGGAAGGCAGCUGGAAGAAGGUGGAGAUAUUCAUGUUGCUACUGAUGGGAACUUCCAUCAUUGACAUCGGCGUUCAGCAGGCGAUUCACCCCAUUUUUAUGAUCCCUCUUACUUCUUACCUAAAGCUCAGGUUGAUGACAUUGGGCGUCAUAUUGAUUGGAGUCACAAGUCUGCACUGAAACCGC